AUGUCAGAAAGAAAAGUGCUAUCGAAAUACUAUCCCCCGGACUUUGAUCCGUCCAAGAUCAAGAGGACUCCCAAGUCAGAGAGGCCGACGGGUCCCAAGUUGAUGCCCGUACGCCUGAUGGCACCAUUCAGCAUGAAGUGCACCUCCUGCGGCGAGUACAUAUACAAGGGUCGCAAGUUCAAUGCCCGGAAAGAGACUACUGAUGAGAAGUACUUGAACAUCGCCAUAUAUCGAUUCUACAUCCGAUGUACGAGGUGUAGUUCUGAGAUCACCUUCAAGACUGACCCCAAGAACAUGGACUACACAUCCGAGCGCGGCGCCAAAAGGAAUUUUGAAUCAUGGAGAGACCCCGAGGCUGCCGAAUUGAAAGAAACGGACGAAGAGCGACUCGAUCGAUUGGAGCGGGAGGAGGCUGAAGAGGCAGAGAAUGCCGAGCGGAACGCCAUGGAAGAGCUAGAGCAGAAAAUGGAAGACAGCAAACGCGAAAUGCAAGUCGCCGAUGCCCUAGACGAAAUCCGCACCAGAAAUGCCCGCAUUGAGCGAGGUGAGAAGGGCGGAAAGGAGGAUGAAGCACUUGCGCAGUCCAAAUAUGCAGCCGAAGAAGCCAGGAAAGCACAGGAGCGAGAAGAUGAAGAGGCUGCCCGGAGAGCUUUCGAGCAUGCAAAGGCUGACGGCGCUCCCGAUAUCGAGAUCAACGGCGCUGAGGACCCUGCCGAGGCAACCGAAGCAGUCAAAGAGAUUCCCUCCUUCGAGAAAGUCAAGAAGCCGAAGAAGAAGACCCUGUUGACAAGUGUGCUGAAGAAAGAGACCGUUGUGGCAGCCCCAACACCAGUCAUCAAAAAUGUCGGACUCGGACUAGGCGGAUACGAUUCUGAUUCUGACUGA